AUGAUGCUAGUUCUAAAGGACUUGUAUGAGGAUUAUACAAAACCCUAUGGCCCUGGGCGAGAGCCUGAUCCAAAAAGGAUCAGAGACAUUGUGUCGGCAUAUAAUGAGCGCGCGCACGCGGGUUUGAAAGGCGCUACACCUCUGGAUGUUCACCGACACUACACGCGGGCGCAGUGGCAUCACCUCUUUCGUGCUAUGUAUGCCCGCUCAUUGAAUGCACCUAUAAAAAAAGGUCGAUCAGCUGCUACCAAUCAGAAUAUAAAGGUAGGGGACACCGUGCACAUCGCAGCACGUUCUCAUACCGACGCAUUUCGCAAGGGUUAUGAAAUACAAAAUACGGAGGAGAUAUUUAAAAUUCGGCAGGUUGACAAACGCCAGAACAGAGACGGGUAUUAUCUGGAAGAUCUGAGCAGUGAAGAAGAGCAGGGAUUGUUUUACCGCGAGGAGCUCGUACCAACAUCUCUGCCUGGUUUUUACCCGUACAAGGUCUUAUCAUCACGCUGGAAUAGAGCUAAAAAGCAGAGAGAAUACCUCGUUCGCUGGGUUGGUUAUCCUGAUAAAUUCAAUUCUUAUAUUACGAUUGAUGACAUGCAGCCCCCACCAUGA